AUGGGCACUACUCGCCGCGCCGCACUGCCCCUCGCCACUGCUCUGCUGCUGGCGGUGCUGGCGGCCUGCUCCACCCCCAUCACAGUCGCACAGCCUGCAGCAGUCUGCAGUAGCCCACUGGGAACAUUCCCCUACAGGCUGGGCGACGGCCCCUCCAACCACGCCAAGCGCCUCAACAGCAAGAAGUGGCAGGACAACAACAGCGUCGACUUCCUGGCGCCGCCGGGCACGCCGGUGUAUGCGUUGGUGGAUGGCACAGUCUGCGACCCCGCGAAGGACUCUAAAUGCGUGAUAGGCAAGACCCCGCAGGAGCUGAAGGACAAGUUCUCCCUCAACAGCUUCUACCUGAACGGCGCGGACGGCAAGCAGUACUACUACACCCACCUCCAGUCAAUCGCGGUCAAAGCCGGUCAAAAGGUCAAGCGCGGCGAGCUCGUCGCAUACGUGGGCGCCUACAACGGCAAGAACGCCCACCUGCACUUUUCGGUCGACAGCGGGAACGUGUGCUCUGUGCUGACAGCGUGCGUCCCAGCGGACAGCCGCAGGUGUGUGUGA